AACAUUGUUGUCCGUCAUAGUUCAGAAAACAGGGCUCGUGUACUGGAAUCGGGAAAGUAAAAAGGAAGCACUCUUUUGAGUUUUACAAAUAAUAACACUAUAUGAAAAAACCAUCUACCCUAUUCCACUAGGAUCCUUAUCACUCUCCUUCCCACCCGCAAUAAGUUGCUGAGCCUUUCAAUGGCACUGAAUGGUGGUUCCUCAGGAAGAUCGAAAUGGAAGUAUCAUAUUUUCUUGAGUUUUAGAGGAGAAGACACCCGCCUAGGUUUCACUGACCACUUAUACACAGCCUUGCAGAAGAGAAGCAUUGAUACUUUCAGAGACAAUGAAGAGCUUCGAACAGGUGAAUUUAUCUCUCAACAGCUCCUUCAUGCAAUUGAGGAUUCUCUCUGCGCAGUUGUUGUGUUAUCCCCAAAUUAUGCCAACUCAGGAUGGUGUUUAGAUGAGCUCAAAAAGAUCGUUGAAACAAAAGGAAGUUUUGGGAUGAUUGUUCCGGUCUUCUAUGAUGUGGAUCCCUCCGAUGUACGAUACCAAAAGGGAAAGUUUGCAGAAGCUUUUGAGAAACACGAAGAAAGGUAUAGAGAACAAAAAGACUUUUUCAGAUUUCUCAUCAAGCGAAGAUCAGUACGCCAUGGUUAUAGGGAUGAUGGUGGUGAUGGUUGGUACGUGUUGUCUAAAAUGAAAAUGGACAGGGGCCGAAAAGUAGAGGUGUUUGUGGUGCGAUAUGAAUCGCAACUCAUUGAUGAAAUUGCUGAAGAAGUAUGGACUAAAGUAGAACCUCAGUUGCCAACAAAGGAUGAUGAUGAUCUGGUUGCAAUUGAAUCAAAAGUAAACGAUGUGCGUUCAUGUUUAAGCCUAGAGUCGAAAGGAGAUGUUCUCUUUCUUGGAAUUUGGGGCAUGGGCGGGUUAGGGAAAACAACUCUUGCCUCUGUUGUCUGUAAAAGAAUCAGAAGAGAAUUUGAAGAUUAUUGCAUUCUCCGAGUUGGAGAUGUUUCAAAGGAAGGAGAUCUAGUUAACUUACAAAAUCAACUUCUUUCACAUCUGAAACUAAGGAGCAGAGUAAUUGAAACUUUAGUCCAAGGAAGGGACAACAUCAGAAACCUUCUGUACAAAAAAAGGAUUCUUAUUGUCCUAGAUGAUGUGAGAACUAUAGAACAGCUAGAGAAUUUGGUAGGAAACAAGGAAUGGUUUGGUCUGGGAAGCAGAAUAGUUGUUACAACUCGGGACAAGAACCUGCUUAGUUCACAUGGUGCGUUUAAAAUCUAUGAGAUGGAAGUCUUGAACACUGAUGAAUCCCUUCAGCUCUUUCAUCAAGAAGCUUUCAAAGGAGAGCUACCAAAAGAAGAGUACUUGGAGUUGUCGAAAAGGUUUGUGAGCUAUACUGGAGGCCUUCCCUUGGCACUUAAAGUGCUAGGAUCUAAUCUUCGUAGAAGAAGCAUUGAUGAAUGGGAAGAUGCUUUAGAUGAGAUAAGAAAAGAUCCAGAUGGUGGAAUAAUGAACUUACUCAGGAUAAGUUAUGAUAUGCUGAAAGAAGGGUACAAGACCAUAUUUCUUGAUAUUGCAUGCUUUUUUAGGGGGUGGUACAGAGAUAAAGUGACAAAAAUAUUGAAAAAUUGUGGCCUAAAUCCGACAAAAGGAAUAAGUGAGCUGAUAGGAAAAUCAUUGAUUACCUGCAACAAAGGAGUUCUAGGGAUGCAUGAUUUGCUUGAAGAUAUGGGUAAACAAAUAGUUUUUCAAGAAUCUGAAAAGGAUCCUGGAAAACGCAGUCGGUUGAGCUCUCUAGAUGAUAUUGAUCAAAUAUUGGAAGAAAAUACGGGAACUGAGAACAUUGAAGGCAUGGUUUUGAAGCAGCAAUUCGAGUCAUACAAUAAAGCUGCAAAUUGGCACCCGGAAGCGUUCUCUAAGAUGCGCAACCUUAGACUUCUCAUCGUAUUAUGUGAUUUGCACCUCUCGCAUGGUUUCAAAUGUCUUCCUAGGUCUCUAAAGGUUCUUAUUUGGACAGAAUGUCCUUUGAAAGCUCUACCGCUUGACAUAGAACUACACCGACUUGUUCACUUGCAGAUGAACAAUAGCAAGCUAGAAAAACCAUGGAAUGGAAAUCAGGUGUUCGAGAGACUGAAAGUUAUUGACUUGAGUUAUUCCAAGGAUUUGAUUCAGACUCCAGAUAUUUCUGAAGUUCCAUUACUUGAAGAGCUCUUCCUUGAUGGUUGUGUAUCGCUGGUUGAACUUCACCAAUCUGUUGGUCAGCAUCAGAAACUUGCAAUGUUGAGCCUGAUAGGUUGUACAAAGCUUGAAACAUUACCAAAUAAAUUGGAAAUGUGUUCAUUGAAGAGGCUCUUUCUCUGUGGCUGCACAAAUAUGAAGACACUUCCUGAUUUUGGAGAGAGUAUGGGAAGUUUGUCCGUGUUGAAUUUGAUGAAGUGCUCAAAUCUUCUUUGCAUCCCAGAUAGCAUUAGUAAUUUGAAAUCACUCAAACAGCUCAACUUGUCUGGAUGCUCAAAGGUUUGCAAGGUGCCGCAUAAUAUAAAUCAAAACAAGGCUUUAGAGGAUCUUGAUCUAAGCGAAACUUCCAUAAGAGUGAUGAAUCCAUGCCUGUUUGAAUUGGAAAACCUCAAGAGGCUUUCUUUCCAUGGAUGCAGUGGACCAGUAUCCAACACCUGCGAGUUAGCAUUGUCUUUCGAGUUUGGAUUUAGCAAAGAACCAGAUCUCUUACGCUUAAACUUACCUCCUUCUUUUGCUGGGCUCUCCUCGCUAAAUAUUUUUGAUUUAGGCAAUUGCAAUCUCGAUCAUGGAUUAAUUCCCGAAAAUCUUGGUGAACUAUCAUCGUUGGAGACUUUAAUUUUAAGUGGCAAUACACAUCUCGUGGUACCUAAAAGUGUUGCUAUGCUUCCUAACCUACGUAUUCUUGAAGCAGAAGGUUGCAAUGACUUUGUUUAUCGAUCUGUGCUUCCACGUCUGUCAGACUCUGUUGUGGAAGCUGGUUUAUUCUUAGAUCUCUGGAAGUUUUGGGAGCAAUUCAAGUCAAAUAAUGACGAGCUCUUAUGUCAGGUCAGGGAUCAUAGUUACCCCAUCACAUACUUUGAAAUUCCUCCAAAGUUUGGCAAUGAGAUACUCUUUCCAAUGGGUCCAAGGUUGUCAAAACUUGAAUCAAGUGCAUCAAUCAUAGCGGAUAUCCCUAAUGAACUUGGUGGGAAUGAAUGGUGGGGAAUAAUUGUAUUCAUUGCUUUUGAGCCUCUGGAAUCUUCAACAUCAUUUCCAACUUUGAAAUUCAGUUGGAGCUUUGAAUCAUCCCAUCCCGAAGCUGGUCCCUCCUUAUAUCUCUCUUCUGAUGCUGCAAGGACACAUUAUAGUUGCUGCCUUGUAACAAUGAUAAUGACGGACAAAUACAUUUACAUUCAGCUACAUCAUAGGCAGUAUGACAACAUAAGCGAAUCAAAGCCCUUUAGCAAACAUCGGAAGCCAGCUUUUAGCGAAAAUAGUAGGUUGCGUUUUGAUGUGCAAGGGGGGCAGCUAAAGAUGAAGGAAUGCGGGUAUGAUGUGUUAUGUAACGAAGAUUUUAAAUCUAAGGUCUUGCCUGAUUUGGAAAAUGAGAGUGAUGACAACGGCCCUAAUUCUGGGGAAUCCAGUGGUCUCGAAGAAUCAGAUAUCAGCAGCGAAGAUGCAACGGAUGGAAACAAAUCUCCGUGAAUGUUUCUAGGAGAUUUCUAAGGGUUUGUCAUGUGUUUGAUUUGAAAGUAAACAAAUCAAGAAAAUUUAGGGGAAUUAAAGUUCCCUUUAUUCCAAACUAUGAAGGACUUACACUUCGUUGAGUUGUUGUGUCUGCAUGUUGGAUACAUUUUGGACACGAUAUUCACCGACACUCGUCCGACACGCGUAUGUGUUCAACCGUGUCUUAAUAAAAAGUAAAAAUAUAUUUUCCAGACAUGUCUGGACACAUCUAAAUACCA